AUGUCCUUAGUUCAAGAUGAAGAUACAAACAGAACGCUCACUCAAAUGCAUCACGAGCUGACCGCGUACAUCAUUGCACUCUUUCUCGAGACGCUGCUCUUCGGCGCGUUCACGGUAACCUAUACGAUGGGGGCAUCGUCCUUAUCAACUACGAUUGCCUCACGGAGGCGCUCGAUACGAGCGUGGGUCCUCCUGGGCGCGAGCACGACUAUGUUCGGACUAGCGCUUGCGCAUCUCGCACUGAGCUUGAAGCUAACACUAUUCGGCUUUGUUACAAGCGCGGGAACUAUAGAGUCUGUUUACGAUGUGUUGACAGGCUUUACUUUCGUUUCGCCUCUGUGGUAUAUCAGGUUGGGCAUCUACGUCACGCAAACCUUGAUUGGCGAUUCUUUCAUGAUAUACAGGCUUUUCCUCGUAUGCAAUCGCAGCCGCAAGGCCGUCGGUUUUCCCGCGAUGUUGUUUCUUCUUAACCUCUUGUGCGGUUAUCUCGCAUUGGCUCCGGGGCCGGGCUUUGCAUUCAUCCCUCUCUCAUUUUUCCUCUUCUCAUUCCUCUGCAACGCGGUCUGCUCCGCUCUCAUUAUGCGGCACGUGUUGCGCAACAUCAAUCAAUAUACGUCGUUAUCAGCGCGGCUCCAGCUAUUCCGGAAAGUAGUCGAGGCCAUCGUGCAAUCCGCCGCCAUCUAUUCCACAGCGUCCUUUGCCGUGGGGAUCACCCUCAUCUGCAGCCCCGCUAUCGGCUUCGAUGCCUGCAUCGGGGUGUUCUCGUCGCUCAUCGGCCUCGUCUUUUCUUUCUUAGUGCUGCGGCUUGCCAGGAGCGCUGUGGAUGACGCGGCCCGUCUUGAUCCGCAGACCCAGGACAGAGGGGCGGACGGGUGCCGCGACGCUAUAAAUACGUGUCGCCCUAUGAGCGUCCUGCUGCACAUGCCUGCUUUCCUACCGCCAACGCUCCAACGAUCCUCCGUUCGAUUCUCGAACGACGUGCAACUAGCGGAGAGCCUCGUCAUCAUCAUCAAACCGGCGGAGGCGCUUCUGCGGAAUGACCCCUGCUUCGACGACGUCAAUGUCUCGAAUCUGGAGGGCCGUCUGGGAGAGGACGGCCUCGGCGUACUAGACAUGUGCGCGACGAGGUUAGCGAGGAUCGCUUGA